CUACUUCUUCAAGUUAAAGACAUUUGUCAACCUUCUCAAAGUACAGAUGAUGGCAAGCUCUGAACCUUCAUGUGGUGUAUGUGAAUAUCAACAUGUCUUCAAACCUGCGUCCAUAUGGUGUUCAGAUUGCGACGAAGGCCUAUGUUUGGACUGCAGCAAGCAUCACGGGAUUUCCAAGGCAACAAGAAAGCACGGUACUAUACCGAUAUCAGAAUAUCAAAAUCUGCCUACUUACAUUACAAAUAUUAAGCAGAUAUGUAGUAAACACGAUGAAAAAUAUCAAAUUUAUUGCAAUGAACAUGAAUGCCCCUGUUGCAGUAAAUGCAUCGUUGAAAAACACACGAAGUGUCAAUAUAUUGUCAAUCUUGAUGAUGUUGUCAAAAACACAAAGACCUCAAGCGCCUUUCUUGAAAUUCAUGAAACAUUAAAUGAGGUUGCUGAAAACAUCAAACAGAUCCGUCAAGAUAAAAAUAACAAUCUAAAAACCUUGUUGGAAAAAAGAAAACAGAUCGAAUGUGAAAUUCAACAGGUUCGAGUAAAUAUCAAUCAACAUCUAGAUAAACUGCAAGAGAAUUUCAUAUCGGAAUUGCAUGAGAUAGAAAAAAGAGAGAACAAAAAAAUAAGUAAGUUAUUGAAAGCUUUAGAUGAGCAUGAAAGUAAAGUUGCAGAGCACCAAAAAAACAUAACACACAUAAAACAAUACGCAUCCGAUGUACAGACCUUUCUAGCCCUAAAAGAACUUGAAAUUGGUGUUAUUGAAAAAUGUCAGUUCAUUGAUUCACUUACUGAGAGUAAUAUGCUAAAUCGUGUGGAAAUCAUGUCUAACAUCAAUACAUCACUGACAGACAUUGCAAAGAGUGUUGUUGUGUUUGGAAAAAUUGAUAUUGCCAACUCCAGAGUCUCAGUAAAUAUUGCAAAGAAAAAGCAACAACAAGCUCAGUUGAUACUACCAAAAACUAUAUCCGUGCCCAUUGAGAAUUUACAAAUCCAGUUGCAACAAACUAUAUGCACUGAAUCGUCUUAUGUCAGGGGAUGUUGCAUAUUGCCUGAUAGUAGAGUUGUAUUCACCUUUCCUGUUUUAAACAAAGUAGAUGUAGUAAAAGAAGACGGAUCGGUUGAUUUUUCUUUGAGUGUAACAGCAGCAUAUGGUGUAGUAUACAACAAUGAAGAUAACACUAUAGCGAUAUCAUCCUCCUGGGGUGAAAUUGGCAAUAAAAUAACAACAAUUGAUUUAAAGCAACGACAACCAAAGAAAACUUUUGAACCGGGUGGAAAAACCACUGGCAUAGCGGGAACAAAUAAAAUACUGCUGUAUCACAUUAGAAAAAAAGGAAUUCAAUUAGUGGAUCUUACUGACCAAUCAACACGUGACAUAACUACUGACAAUAUGGAUACAACAAUCAAUAUUGCAAUAUCUGGACACAACCUUUAUUAUUCUUUUCAUAGUCAUCAUAAAGUAGUAUGCUGUGAUCUUCAAGGAACACAACAAUGGACAUUCAAAAAUGAAAAGGUUUUGAAGUUUCCAGCUGGAAUAUCUGCUGACAAUGGUGGUAACGUGUAUGUUGUAGGGUUUGGGACGAAGAAUGUCGUAGUUAUCUCACAAGAUGGACAAAAAUAAAGGGAGCUGUUAACAACUCGAGAUGGUUUAGAUUCUCCAUGGUCAAUUAACUUUGGAAAUGAAACUAAUCUGUUAUUAGUUGAAAAUAAUUGUGGAAAAGCUUAUCUGUUUAACGUAUCCAAAAAUUAAACCACUUUAAUUAUAUCUAAAAUGCAUUAUUGAAUGAAAUUAAAAUGAUUGAUACAUACAAACACACAUACAUACAUGGAAACACAAUUGUUAUCAACUCUUAUAAAAAUUUAUAUUAAUAUUAAUGUUGUCAUUCCUUUUUUGUAUUAAAAGUAAUACGUUUA